GUCACUUUCCGCUGGGUUUGGUCCCCCUUCAUACAGCCUGGCAUUUUUCUAGAGGCGGUUUCAUCAUUUCCCUAUCUCAUCACCAUCGUAUGCACAGGCGGGAAGUGGCUCCGAUCAGAUGUUCCCCCCAACUCGGCCUCGGAAACGUACGAAAACGUUCACUGGAUGCUGGACUUGCCGCACUCGAAAAAUAAAGUGCGACGAGGCUAAGCCUUGCUGCCGCCAGUGCCAUGAAAAGGGUCUCGUCUGCGAAGGAUACACUGCCCGUCUGCAGUGGCUCGCUCCAGUUACAGGCAAGCGAGCACUCCACUCCGAAGACCCGUCUGGGUCUUCAAUGAGUAAAUCUCUCAGACGUCUCAUGCCUACUGAGCCUCUUGAGUCGGUUUUGGAUUGGCAUCAAAUUGAUAGUAUCUUGCGUUACCUCGAUUCGCUGGAGUUUCUGGCAAACUCGCGCAGUCAAGGUCUCAGCGCCAAUAUCGAGAAUUUCGGGGUUUUUAGCCUUGAAGAGGGCUCCUCUCCGGCCCGCGUUGAUGAACUCGAUGUCAUACGUCCUUCCACGGCCCAAGCCUGCCAAUCGGAUUGCGGGUCUGACUUUAUUAUCGAUUCCGAGUCGGUCUUUCUAGGUUCCGAGCCUUCAAAUGCUUUCUUUGAACUAGAGGCCGCAUGCAAACUGAGUGACCAUCAUGGGCAACAAUUGCCCUUAAACUUUCCACCUCAACCAGAUUCGACUGCGUCGGCCAUCUCGGUACUUCCGGAGAUCAUUUCCAGUCUGCCAAGCAGUUUCGGCAACGCUGUACAUGGCCAAUCUCUCGACUCUGAGGGAGUAUUCCCCCACGACAGUGAUCCAAUGAACAAGAGGCUGGACUUUGCGACUAUAACCAAAUCACCGGACAACAUGAUAGUCCCCUUCCAGGAACGGUUCUUGAUGUGGCACUACAAAGAACGGGUGGUGAAUUUGUUUUGUGUAAUUGACAAUGCGAAGAGCCCUUGGAAAACAAUCCACCUGCCCCGAGUCCUGCAAUGUAGUGGAGAGCUGAGUUUUGGGGGACCUACGACGCGGAUUCGCGAUGCGCUACGGAACUCUCUACUUUCCAUCAGUGCUUUUUACCUCUCUAACGAGGGUCGAGAUCACAAGCGUAAUGACGAGGCUGCAAAUUGGGGCACGAUCGCCUCGCGAUAUCGCUGCGACGCCAUCGGACUCCUUAAGUGCGCAGUGGAGACCGACCUCUAUGCUGAUGAAAAAAUCAAGUAUAAGGAGUUUCUUGCCACGAUGCUUUCUAUGGUCACAAUUAAUGUUAUGUCAGGGGACACCAGUACGUGCGGCGUUCAUCUGGACGGUGCCGAGAAGCUUAUCAGCUAUAUGAAUGCUCGAAAAUCCAGUUUUUCUCGAAAAGCUCAGUCCCUCCAUCGCAUAUAUCUUUAUUUGCGCGUGAUAUAUGAAAGCACAUCUAGAAGGAGACCCAGAAGCGGGGCCUCUCGGUUUUCGCCAUCGUUGGGCUCACAAAGAACGUUCGGUCCCCGGCCAGCAUCCCCCAUGCAGCACCUCUUUAUUCAAGACGACGAGACACCCUCAUCCAUAAUGCCCAUGGAAGCUGGUGUUAUGGUGAGCCAGGGCCCAGGAUCGGAGGUUUCUGCCUACGAAUGCAUUUACGGUAUACCCCAGAGUCUUCUGCUUCUCUUGAAGGAAUCGAUCGAAGUCAUAGAUGAUGUGAAUAGCUGUCGCACGAAUGCUGAGAGCUCGUCCAUUCCCGCAUCCUUGAGUCAAUUGUGUGACGAGCUUGAACAAAAGAUCAUGGAUUGGCCACUUGACGAACGUUUCCGGCGUUACGAAGAAUCUAAGGACAGCGUCAGUGCCACCAUCAUCUACCACCAGACACGAGCCUUUCUCAAUGCCCUUAUCAUAUAUUUUUCUCAGAGUGUAAUGUUAAUAAGCCAUCGCUACCUUCGACAAUAUGUCCAGGCAGUUCUGGACAGCAUCGAAGCCAUCGAGCAGCUCAAGGCAGAGACCAAAAUCCUUGCUGCUCCGCUCUUCUGGCCAGCAUUCAUGGGUGCCACGGAAGCCUUUGAGCCUAGACUCCAAGAACGCUUUCGACAGUGGUAUGGGAGAGUGGAAGUAUAUGGGGUUGAAGCUGUGAGGACUGGCAUACAAGUCGUGCACGAGGUCUGGAAACAAGGGCCGACAAUGAACCGGCAGGUGGAUACUGGUUGGCGAAGCGUUGUGGAAAAAAGAGGCGACUGUCUCAUGUUAACAUGAGAUCUACAAUUAUCGCUGAUGUAGUUAAUGUUAUCUGACCAGGUAGUCUUUCAAUCCGAGCCUCAUCGUAACGGGCC